ACUCGCAUGCGCAUGCGUACUUUGAAGUCCUUAUUUCUCUCGAGCGUCGUAGUACUCUGCUGGCCGUUACGACAAAUUUGAAGGCCCAAAAAUCACCUUUUAUCGAUAAAUUUACGUUUUUAGUUGUCCACUAUGUGACGACAAGUAUCUUAUAGACAUUGUCUGAUGUCAUUAGGCACACAUUUGAUAACAAUUUAUGGCAAAUAGCAAAGGGGAAAGGAACAUGAUUUUUGGAGACUAGAAAGAAAAAGAUGGCGGGUCUCAUUUUACUCCUGAAAACAAACAAAAAUGAGACCGUACGUUGAUGCGUGAAUCUAGUCGUAUUAUCUCCGUUUGCUAUGCCCCCAAAAGUCCACGACCUAGAUUUUUAAAAACCACAUAGUAUCAGGAAAAGGCAUAAUGUAAAGCUGGGAAUACAUUCCCUGGCAUUUGUAAAGAAAAGAGGUUUGUUCGCCGAGCUUUUGUACCCGCGUCCGGCCGGGACGUCAUCCAGAACCUGCGUGGGACUGUUGGAAAAAAUAUACAGCCCAAUCCCCCCCCUGGUGACGUUCACGUAGUUGAACCAAGUUCACUUCCAGAAAAGAUUUAUCCAUCUUUUAAAUCAAAAUGUCUAAUGCGGUGGAUCCGUACCAGUUGUUGAAGGCCCUUGGGCCGUUACUGACGGCAGACGGAGCCAUUAAGAAUGAAGCUCAAGUCCCCAGAAUUGCUGGUUUGAUGAAUGGAGCCAGAAAACUUGUCAGUCGCUGCAUCUACGUGAACAUUCUACGGGCGACCGAUAAUGAACAGUUACUCGGAAGCUUUGUGUCAAGCGGGGGCUGGGAGCUCCUCAAUACCUGGCUUCAAGAGGCCAAGGAAUCCAACAACAUCGCCUUCUUGACAAACCUCCUGAAAGCCCUCAGAAAACUCCCUGUCACCAUUGGCAUCCUGAAGAAAAACAACACUGCCAAGCUGAUCAAGCAGAUGAGCAAAACAGAAACGGAUGAAAGUUUGAAGGCCUUGGCAGGGGACGUUGUUUCCGAGUGGAUGAAAGUCAUCAAGCAGACCCAUGAGAACUCAGACGGCAAACCCACCUCCACCUCCAACGUCGUCAAGAAGAAGAAAAAGAAACUCGUCAAAACGGACGCCUCCAAAGGGGAGAACGAGAAGGACGCCGAAACCGACAGCAAUGCCAACCCGACCUCCAAAAAACUGAAAACCGAAAAGGAGAGCAGCGCCAAAUCGGAACUCAAUCACGAGAGAACCAAGAAAGAAAACUCCUCCAAGAUGGACCCUGAUGCCAAGAGGAGGUUGUCUGCGGAAGGGAAGUCGCCAAAGUCGGAGAAAACUCUGUCCAAUGUUGCCAAGGAGGAGAACAAUGCAGAUGACAACGAAGAGAAGCCGAGGCUUGGAAAGAUCAAGAGACCAGCCCACACUAAAUUCAGGUCAACAGGGCUAGAAAAAGCAUCAACGUUACCACCCUUCAAGAUCAAGAAGAAGUCAGCCGAAGCUCCGCCCAUCAUCAACAAAGGAGAUAAGGCAGCGCCAAUCAAACGGGAAGGCCCAAUCUUUGGGAAGUCCCUCCUCCCUCCAGAGAAGAAACCCAAAUUGGACACCCCAACAUCCUCAGCUCCUUCCAAGACGACAUCAUCAACGUCCUCGAUAACCACUGCCUCCACGUCAGCAACGUCAGCGAGUAACAACCACGGCAGGACGAAGCUUAUCCCUGCAAAAGCCAAAUUGGUACAUGAGAGCUCUAAUUUCAUGGAUGCACUCAACGCACCUGCCAUCCCAGUCAGGAAAGUGAAGCUGAAGAAAUCGCAACCCAAGCCGACGUCUCCCACAACCAACAAGCCGGCUAGUCAUCCAGACACCUCCAAGGGUAGUAGGGCCAAAGAGGAGGAAUCGGUGGGCAAAGUUGAGAGCCCCCAGGAAACAAAACCAGACCCGCCAAAGUUCCGUUUCUACUCUUCCGGUCAAAACGACGAAGAUAACUCGGAAAAGUCGGAGAGCAAAGACGAGGUGAGCAACGCUGACAAAAAGAACUCGGGCGGAACAGGGAACUUGAAGUUGAUACCAACGAAGUCGAAGAAGUGCGUCAAGUGGAAAGACGAUGAUAAACUGGUAGACAUCUUAUACUUUGAGAUGGACGAAACGGAAAGAGAGAAUGUGAAUAGACCUAAGGACUUCCGGAAUGCCGCACACCUUGAGAUGGUCAUGGAGCGAGAGACCAUUAAGAAUGCCAAACUGCAAGGCGAGGGAGCCAGUCCAAGCCUUGGGGGCAAUGACCUCCUGCCGUGGCACGCCCUAGUUCGUAUUCAGGUGGUUGACGUCCCCCCGGUGGACUACGGGGUCAACAGCCUUGAGAAAGGCAUCCAGAAACAGCGAGAGAUGAUCGUCCUUCAGGAGAUCUACUUUGACAAGAACAUGAUCCCCGACACGCCCAAGGAGCCCGAUCCGGAACCCUUUGAGCCCAAGGAACCAACCAGAAUCCCCUUGGAAGAUGAGACCAAGAGGAAACCUGAGGACGAAGAGACUGCCGAUUCCUCCCAAGGCUCUACACCUCUCUACUCAGAACCCAUGCUGCCUGGCAACCACUCUGCCCAUCCCCCGCCCCACCCAGGGACCCUUAUCAUCCCACAGGGCAUCACUCUACCCCCGGGCCUACAGCUGGACAACCUCCCACCGGCCAUCGCGAGCCUGGUCCAACAGAUACCGGCCAAUCUCCCCGGGGGACUCCCUCCCGCAUUGCAGGCGGGGAGCCAGGGUCAGCCCAUGCCCGGCCCGGGUAGGCCCAACGAUCCCCCGUCCACAAGCGCCACAAUCACCAACGUGCAAAAUCUGCUCAAUUCAAUUAUGGGUAACCAAGGUGGUGCACAGCCCACGCAAGAGGAACUGACCAACAAACUCAGGGAUAUGCUGGAACCAUUCAAGAACCAAUUACCAGGAUCAUUAGGUCCACCACAGCCCAACCUCCCUGGCGGGCCCAACUUCAACCCUGAGGGCUGGGGACCCAGAGGCCCCCCAGGCCCACCAGGUCCCCCAGGCCCCCCAGGCCCCGGCCCAGGUCCAGUACGAGGCAGAGGCGGGAUGGGUCCUCGCUUUGGAGGACCAGGAAGAGGUGGUUUCAAUCCACGCUUCAACGGACCCCCGUUCCCCAAUGGUCCGGCGCGGUUCCCCGGCCCUGGUGGGCCACCAGACAUGCCCCCUAGGGGUCCUCCACGACCUCUCAUGGGGGGCGGUGGUCCCUGGCCACGUGGCGGCGGUGGUGGGGGUGGACGCGGGAGGGGAGCUAUCAAUUUUGCAGCUCGUCCAAUAUGCAGGCACUUCAUGACGCCGCGGGGCUGCGAGAGGGCCCAGUCUUGUCAGUUCUACCAUCCAGGAAUCAACGGGCCGCCGUUGACGCAAUGAUGUCCCGCCUCGGACCAUCCUCAACUGAGCAGAAACCUCCUAAACACUGCGCUGAUGGUUUCGGCAAAACACUACCAGGAUGAUAGACUGUGUAUACUGCCCUCUUGUGGACUCGGACGACCAAGUGAUAGCCCAAGAUUCCUCUGAGGUGUCGUGUCAGUCGAGAAGGAUAGCCAAAGACAUCACCGUACUUGAUUCCAUCUCACUGAUAGCGCCUGCAACUUGACUGCUCAUCAGUCGUCAGUGGAUUUUUUUUUACCAUGCUUACAGAUGGGUGAAGAUGCAGGGUCUUCCCUUGCGGAGCACUGAGACAAGAGACAGAGUUUCUUAGAACUCUGAGAUGAACCCGCACUCUUCAAGUGAUGACGGGUCAAACUCUUCCUGCCCAAUGCAGCCGGACACUAACGGUCCUGACUACUUGCAUUGAAACAGAAUCGGGCAGCUAUCUCUCUGGUAUGGCCACCUGUUCCUUGUGAUGCCCUGUCUGUUGCCGCUGCUUCCUGACUUCCCGGAGGCUUCACAUGACCUUUGAACUUCUCUCCCAACUGGUUUGCCCAGGUUGUGCAGAGCAGCACAGUAUGAAAAAGACAAGAGUCGUCAUGCGUGCUUCAGAACAUUUCAUGAACUGGAACCAUUUCAAUUUUAAACAUUGAUCACCGUUAAAAGUCAAGACCCUCCUGUGGUGGUCACUCACAGAAUCUCCUUCAUUUUGUAUUCCUGAUCAUAUCUUCCACCCCUUUCGUUUUAUACUGUUUCCAUUGCCAAUUUACAUGUAAAUCUCGAAUCCGAAAUCGCAAGUUUAUAAGUUAAUCGCCUGCAUAUUUAAAGUGAACAACCCUCCCCCACACCCAUUCUCCGGUCCCUGAAAAAAAAUUGACUCAAUCUACCUUGUAUUUGCUUUGAACAUUUGAGCCUCUGAAAAUACCUUUCAUUCACCAUAUUUGGUUUUUUGGUUUAACAAUUUUGAAAUCGAGGAAAUAUUAACGCCCCCUUUAUUAAAAGUUGUUGCACUUGUUCCUUUACGAAUCGUCGAAUUGGAAACAUUUUCAGAGCUUGCCUUAGGGGCAAAGUUUUGUAACUACUUUAAGUUUGAACAGGCUGAACUUAAUCCUCCACAAUACUUUCUGAAAUAGUUUGUGGCACAGGGGGAUGCUAGAGCUACCAUAAAUUGUUCCCCAUUUCUGAAAUGGGGAGGAGCAAUCAUUACCUGGAGGGAGGGGUCGGGGUGUAGAGUUGGCCCAUUUGUUCACCAGGCCCCUUUUAAUUGAUUGAGAACCCUAAGGCUAUGUAAAGUCCAGUUUGGUGUUUAUGGCAGGGUGACACUUUUAGACCCCUCCCACUUUUCUUGCAUCCAAGGCCCACCCCAAGAUAUGGACACUUUUAUGGACCAUUUUUUUUCGGGGUUUUUCUAAAUAAUUGGGGGAAAAAGCAGGACACUGCAGGAGGGGGAUGGGUGGGGGUAAAGGGGGCCCUUCCGAGUAGAACUAAUGAAGAUAGGCAUGCAGAAGGGAAAAAGUAACAAACAAAACAAAGAAUGUACUCGACAAGGAAUGGGAUGCAAUGUACGAAGUCAUAUGGGGACAUUCCUCACAAUCUAAACACUAUAGAUGUACUGAUAAAUGGACUUGCCUUGGUGGUCUUUUGAGAAGCCCUGUGCAUUGGUUUAGUUGGGGCAGGGCCAAAGGUGGAAGAAAAAUGGGGUCAUAUGAUUACGAGUUGGAAAGAAUGUCUUUUGACAAACUACUCGUUUAGGGCAUUAUUACAUAUUUAAAACACAGUAACUUAAAGUUGGUAGGUGUUUGUUCUUGUUAAAAGACCGGUUGAGCCUUGAAGAGGGCUCCAUUUCUUUUUAAUGGUAUGCUACAUACCUAUUUCAACAUGAUUUUGGGCCGAAAAGUGAAGACUAUCUGCUACCAAUGAAUUGUGCUGGUUUAAAUUAAUAACCAAAUGGUUCACAUAUGAUUUACAUGACUCUUGUAUAUCUAACGAACAUCGUUUUGUAUGUAUACAAUGCCAGUCUUUUUUACAAUAUAUAUUUUGUGAUAUUUUUGUAAACUGCUUUGUUUUGCUUAAUUUUUGCGUGCUGUAUAUAAAGUUAGACUGUCUAAUCCUUUUUUCAGAACAUAAGCAAAGCAGUUUUGAUUAAAAGAGGAUACCAUAUUGUCCGACAGACAAGACGGAUGAUAAAGACCGGGAAAAAAUAACAGUUCUCAACUAGCGAGGACGGAAAGUGGAUAGCAUAAUGUACUAGACUUAUAUCAUAUCCCCGCACACCAUCAAUGAGCGUGCGUGCGGCGCCUGCAGCGAGAUGUUUGUCACCGAUGAGAAAAUAAAGUAAUAUUCAUGAUGGGGGCGUUUCCCAUUGAACGCGGUUGGGAGCGUGCAUAAGUAAUUAGCACUCUCCCGCGUGUACAUAAUGCGCUGCAAAUACGUACCCGAAUGUAAAAGUGGUACGUGUAGGCGGAUACGCUGUACAAGUACCUGCGCAUUAAUUUCUCUGGCGAUGCGCACAGCGUACAGUGAUUUUGCUAAUUUGCAUAAUCCGGAACACUUCGCGCGCAUAUCAACGGAUGCACAUUCAGAACAGGAAGUUUUGAUUUGGGGGAAAAGUUAUCGAAGCUAACACAUGUAUGUUGCAACGCAAGUAAACUGAGGGACAAGUUCCAUAUAGUGACAAAGCCUUUGUGAAAAUGUCCGAAUAAGCGGGGAGGGGGUUGGCUAAUCGUGAAACUGCAUAUAUCACUUCAGAAUAUUAAAAUUACACAAGCAAUUUUAUUUUUUACAGAAUUACAAGCACUCAGUUAAAAUGCAAUGAUACGUUCAUGUACAUAAUAUGAGAAGUUGAUACAAGACUAAUUUAUUAAUAGCUCCGUGACCCGUGAAAGUAAAAUUAAAAAAGACAAAAAACUGAAACAUUGAGUUACUUAUACCAACUAGCCGAUGCUGAUUUCUAAAACAUUUUUUUGCCGGAAUACCAAAGUAACGACCAAGUCCGUAUUUUUCUUUAAUGUCAUAAGGAUAGGCCUAUAUGUUUAUGUAAAAGAAGAAACACUGAAUAAUCUAAUGCGGCACUAAAUAAUAAGGUGGGUUUUUUUUUCAAUCUCUAGUGAGCGAUACAAAGACAAAGUGGAAUUUGCAACUGGGAAAAAAAGUAUAUUUUAAUGAUCACGCUUUCACUUAAUUGAAAUCGCGCAAUAGAGAAGAUGUUGCCGAGAACAGUACGUAAAACCAUAGUGAUCAAACUGGAUUAGAUAUGUAACAAUGGGAAAUGCAAAUCAUUUCGAUUCCACAGUCGCACUCUUCAUUCUUGCUAUUAUUUUGGGAGGGGUCUGGGCGUAUCUGACAUGCCUAGUUCCAAAAAAAGAGUAAAACGGACUUUUCAAGCUAAAUUUUUGUCCACGCUCCCUUAUCCGAUUUUCAAUGUGUGUCAUUAAAAUCUUAGUCGAAAUGGGUUUCUUUUUUGUAAAUUAUAUAAUAAGGUUAUUUUCCACCUAACAUUUUGGGGUUUUUUAAUCGGACUUGCUAUUGCUGCCCCAGUCACGUACUGUGCGGGCGGGGGCGGCACAGCUGAAUGUUGCCGGCCCCCGGUGCGUCUGGGGGCUGAGCUGCGGUGGGAUGCAAUCUUAACUAUCACGCACUCACAGCGCAAUCUUAAUUCUGAUGUCAACUUAUGAAUAAACUGAAAUGGUUGGGCAAUGAAACAAUCGAGAAAAAAUAUUUGGGUUGGCAAUUACUUUAGCUCAUAAUUGAAGCUUUCUGAUUAUCAAAAUGUUGGUUAUGUGUUGCAUUCUCGGUCGGGUUUAGAGACGAAAAACUUUUGAAAUCGUCAACUCUCGCCCGUAAUGAUUCAGUUUAUCUUCUUCCUUUAAAAAGUUGAUGUUUGUUACAUAAAAUAUGUAAAUAAGUAGAAUGAAAGUAAUGAAGAUAUUGUUUAUAUCAUGGAUGAAGUUUUGCAUCAUGUUGCUUUCGAGUGACACUUUUAAGUUUGAUAUACUUGAUUCGGAUUAUUUUCUUGGUUAAUCUCCUGCAGAUAAAUGUAAGAAAAUGUACAGUUGAUCAAGCCAAGAUGGCUUAUAAAUAAAUAAAGCAUAACAAUA